GGGGGGGUAAUGUCUAUGCAACACAAACCAGGUCAUUUUUGGAGUAACAUAUGGUUCAAUUUUAUUUCAAUAUUUCACUAGCGCAUAGGGGUCUUUAGAAGUGGGAGGAAAUCCCACGAGGUUGGACAGGGGACCCUACUCCUUGUCACGUACAAUCGAAGAAUCAAAAUCACGCCAGUUGACUCAAUGACAGUCCUUAUAAUACAACGCGCAUGCGCUAACCAUUCAGCCAAUCCCCCCCCCCCCUUCCCGGCUAGUCAUAAAGAGUAAUAUCCUAUUGGAAUUCUGCAUUGCCCAGCCAUCUAUUGUAUGCAUAGUUAUAUUGCCCUUGAAACAAACUCAUGAUUAACCACCCUUCAAAAUGCUGCUUUUGGGAGGGAGGGGGAAUCUGUUGCCUUUUUGUAUUUCAUAGGAGUAGCAGUAGUAAUUUUGUUGCCUGGCAAUGCUGUGUUUGUAAUUUUUAGGAGUAGGGUUUGGAUUAUUGAGAUGAUGUGUAUAAAUUUGUUGCCUGGCAAUGCUGUGUUUGUAUUUUUAGGAGUAGGUUUUGGAUUAUUAAGGUGGUAUUUUUCUGGUGCUAAAUGUCGAUGUACAAAACAGCUAACAGGUAAAACAGUUAUAGUCACUGGUUCCAACAAAGGUAUAGGACGAGAAACAGCCAGAGAUUUCGCAAAGAGAGGAGCCCGAGUUAUUCUGGCUGUAAGAGAUAUAACUAAAGGUGAAAGGGCAGCAGAAGACAUCAGACAAUCGACGGGCAAUAAUAACGUUAUUGUUAGAAUAGUAGAUCUAUCUUCCCUUGAAUCUGUCCGUAAAUUUUGUCGACAUAUAUUAGAGAAAGAAGAAAGACUGGAUAUUCUAGUAAAUAAUGCUGGAGUACGAUUCUGCCCUCAUUGGACGUCUCAAGAAGGUUAUGAACUUCAUUUCGCUGUCAAUCAUCUUGGUCAUUUUCUCUUGACCAAUCUACUUGUUAAUUUAAUGAAGAAAUCGGCACCAAGUCGUAUUAUAUGUGUUACAUGUAUGGCUUACGAAGAAGGAUCAAUUAAUUUUGAUGAUCUGAAUUCUCAGAGAUCCUAUGACCCAUGGACAGCCUACACACAGAGUAAAUUAGCCAAUAUAUUGUUCAGUCAAGAACUAAGUAACAGACUGACAGGAAGUGGUGUGACAGUUAAUUCAGUUCAUCCAGGAAUUGUCCAAUCAGAAUUAGGUCGUUAUACAGGUGAUAAUAAACCAGCGUUGUGGAGACGAUUAUUGAUAAAGAUCGUAGGAUUUAUUAUCAUGAAGACGCCGCAACAGGGAGCUCAGACGUCCAUAUACUGUGCCGUUUCUGAUAAAAUUGAAAAUGUCAGUGGGAAAUAUUUCAGUGAUUGUUGUAUAAGAGAAACAUCAUCAGUAGCCAAGGAUAAAGUAACCUCGACACAGUUGUGGGAUAUCAGCUGUAAAAGGGUUAAUCUACAUCUUCCACCUACAUGAUAUCAUCUUCACUAGCCAAAAUGUAUUCAAGAUCUGCCAAGGGUGAACAGAAGCGAAUCGUAACCCUUAGCUUGUGAAGAUGACAUGAUAUAUCCAGAAUGAAUUCUGACACUCCAUGAUCAAAACACAUUCAUUUAGCUGUUUACAAAUCAAACCUUUAUUAGUGCUAUUCAGCUAAAAGCCUGAUAGCAUUGAUUGAACAUCAUUUGAGGAGAAUGUAGUUAUUUAAGUGUUAAACGUUCUGUCGUAUUUGGGGGGAUUGGGUGCCCGAUUGGUUAAUGCAUGUGCGUUGAAUCAUGAGGUCUGUCUGUCUUUGAGUCGUGUGGUGUGGUUUCGAUUCCCUGCUUGUAUGUGUCAAGCCUUAGGCACUGGUUUGCCCGUCCAACUUACUGGCUUUACUCCGGGUCCUUCGGUUUCCUCCUAGUGCUAAAGACCCCUACGUGCAAGCAGAUUAUUGAAUAAAAUUGAAACAUAUGUGAGUCCUGAAAUGACCUAGUUUGUGUUGAGUGGACAUUAUACCCCAUUUCUCUCUCUCUCUCUCUCUCUCUCUUACAAAAGUGAAUGAAUGCAAUAUAUUACUGAUUAAAGGGCUUCCUCGUCAACAUUUGUCAGCUGAUCAAUUUUUUACAUUUGGCUAGUGUGGCUAAAAUGGAUUAACUAGAUCAUGAGUCUUUCACUGUGUAGUAGUUAAAUGAGUCAGCCUCUUACAAUAUAAUGUGAAUAUAUACAGUAAACUAUGCAUAGGUCGGAUCUAAGUGGACUGACCAAUUUUAUCCGAGUUAAGCAUUAAGCGAAGAUCCGAAAUUCAGUCUUAGCUCGAUUAGAAAUAAACUGCAAGAGCCGGAUAAUAAUUGAUUCAGAGGCACAUUUCAAGCUUUUGUUCGUAUGUGUGAGUAGAUAACUUCUGCUUUGUCGCCAUCUUUGAAAAAUGUCCUAAAUUUUACUGGAAAGUGUCUCGUACAGCAGACAGUGAGUUUCUAAUUUUCCAGGAAAAUUCUAUUAUUGUGUCGCGUCAAAUAGGCUGAUUUGGGUCAAAAUGAUAGAGGAAAGUAUUUUGGGGAUCUGUGCAUGGAAUACCUAACAGCGUUUUAGACCAUCGGGAUGAAACUGACAGUGAAAUUCUGAACAUACGUUGAAAUUAGAUUUUGAUCCAAGUUGAGCGAAGAUCCGACUUAGGAAAUCCGACUUACAUGCACAAAUUUAAUAAGAAAAAUGUGCAGGAUCAAAGGGUCCAAAUGAUUUUAUCCGAGUUGAGCAAAGAUCCUACUUAUACGAAUCUUGACUUAUGCGAGGUUUACUGUAUAUACAAAAUAAACUGUGUUGUGUUGUAUAUUUAUUUAUUGUUAUUAUUAGUAAGACUCUUGAUCCAGUCAUUCAGUUUUUGACAAUGGAUGCUAAAAUUGACUGACUGGAUCUAUAGUCUAUUUUUAAUAAGGUCUGAGGCCUGAGCCUAUCAAUUGUUUGUUUACUUCAUGAAAAUGAGUGGUUAAAUAUUGCAAUAUUAUUAAUAUUUACAUGUAUAUAUGAAAUAAACGAAACUGUGUUGUGUUAUUAUUUAAUGAUAUAUUAUGUAAGAUUUAGAUAAAGAGCCGACCAUUCUUGCUAACAUAGUUCAAAAAUAGAUAAUGUAAAAUGAAUAUAUUGAACAUUUCAUUCAAAUUACUCAAUUGCCUGCAAAGAUAUUAGCCUUUGAAGGUUUAACAAGAAGUGUGCAUUAAUUGUAACCACCAUACUCGUUGUUCUUCGAAAGCUAAGUCUCGCUCCUCCAUUUUUAAAUUAAUUCAAAAUAUGGCUGAACCAUUAUGAUCUUGGUCAUGUUAAUAAAUGUCUAAUUAAUAGUUUAUACAAUAUUGCAGGUCUAAAGAAAGACCUGCAAUAGGAGAUUUAGCUCUUGCAUAAUGUUUAAAUUGUACAUUUAUUUAUUAUAACUAAUAAUAAUAUUAUAUUUUUUUGUGAUUCAAACAUAGAAAUGAUCUAUUGAUGUAUAUUUUACAUCAUUUAUAUUAAUAUUAGUAUAUUUGUUAAUAUUUAAAAGAUAUAGAACUGAAUUAUUCUAUUAUUUUUCUUGUUAUGUUUACAAUAUAUGUACAUUUUAUUUAUGUGGAAUUUUAAAACAUAUUAUAUUUGUACAAUUUUAUUUAUAUGAUUAGUGUUUUUGUCCCUGGCCUUCCAAAGAAAGCAGGGGACUAUUAAAAUGGGUCCGUCCGUCCAUCAUACGUUUGAUUCUUAUUGAGUGAGAGUGGUGACUAAGUUCGAUCAUGCACAUUUUCCACUAAGGUUAAGCAGGGAUAAGCAAUUUGAUCAGUUAGCAGUUUGGAACAUGAUAGCUUUGGUUCUAAUUGGGUGAGAGUGAUAAAACUCAAAGAGUAUAGAUUCAUUAUAUCAAUACCUUGACUAAGUUCAGUAGAUGAGUAUGUUCUGCUUAGGCUAAGUAGUGAUACGAUAUUUGAAUGGUCAAAACUUUGGAACAUGACAGAGGUCAAAUGUAUUACAAUAUAAUAUAUGAACAAUGUGACUGAUAUCAUAAAUGAAAUGAAAUGGGGUUUAACGUCCUACUGUUCUGCUCCGACUGGGAUAAUGAAGACCGGCAUACGCCAUACAGUGUGCUAUACCCGGGCAGCGGCACUACAGCCUACUCAUAUAUCGAAUUCCAACUGCCGAGAGAUCUUUUACGUGCAUGCCAAUGUAUACACGGGACCUCGGUUUUCCGUUCCAUCCAAAUGACUAGACAGCUGUCCAUGUUAGACCCUCCGUCCUGCACCAUUGACAAGGGGAAUCCACGUCAGAAAAUCCCAAAGGAACUUUCUUGGCCAAUGCAGGGAUCGAACACGUGACCACCAGGCUAGCAUCUUACUCACUUAGUCACUGUGGCUCCUAUAUAUGAACAAUAUGGCUGAUAUCAUCAUAGUUAAAUACCAGUAAUUAUUUUUAUUUCUGAUGGCCAUUUUUCUCUACAGAUUAUCUGCUCUGGAUUCCAUGACUCUAUGAUUUCUGCAAAAUUGAAUAAAUAGAUCUGUCUUUGUUUUUAUUCCUGAUGGCUGUUUUUUUUGCUACAGAUUAUCUGCUCUGGAUUCCAUGAUUUCUGUAAAUUUGAAUAAAUAGAUUUGUCUUUGUUUUAAUUGAGAGAAAUAAAUUAUUUUUAUUCCUAAUUCCUGUUUUUGCUCUACAAGAAAUCUGCCAAUUACAGCAAAAUAACAUUUGAUUGGAUCAUGCCCCCCCCCCCCCUGAAACAAUGGUGACAGAUAAUUUGAAAUCUAAAGUAGUCCCAGCUCAAUCAUCCUCAGUAUCUCCAGUGACCCAUUCCGUUCUAUUCCACUAUACUCUGGGUUCAGCCAUGGGGGAGAAACAUAUUCAAAUUAUCUGCCCUUGAUUGUAGCUUGAUUCUACAAACCAAUCAAAAAUCAGUUUACAAACCAGUGUUAGCCUCAUUGUUUACAUUCACAACAAUAUGGCAGCUUUUUCGCUCGAUUAUGAGAAAGUUUGCAAGAAAUUUAAUAUAAAAGAAGUGACAUGCACACAAAAAGAUGCCCUAAAACAUCUUUUUAAUGGGAAAGACUUUUUUUAUGUGGAAAGUAGUUACGCUAUCAAGCGUAUACUGUUAUUGGUCGAUAAAAAUAUCACAAUCAUCCCGAGCAGAUAAUUUGAAUAUGUGUCUCCCCCACGGAUUAACCCAGGGGUGGAACAGAAUGAGACCAAUGGAGAUACUUAGAAUGCAGCUCAACAGACUUUGGUGGACUAUAGCAGGAGUUUAAUAAAUAAUGUUUUGGUGGAUUAUAGCAGGAGUUUAAUAGAUAAAAUUUUGGAGGACUAUAGCAGGAGUUUAAUAGAUAAUCUUUUGAUGGAGUAUAGCAGGAGUUUAACAGGUGAUGUUUUGGAGGAGUAUAGCAGGAGUAUAAAAGGUAAUGUUUUGGUGGAGUAUAGCAGGUGUUAAAUAGGUAAUGUUUUGGUGGAGUAUAGCAGGAGUAUAAUAAAUAAUGUUUUGGUGGAAUAUAGCAGGAGUUUAAUAGAUAAUGUUUUGGUGGACUAUAGAAUGAGUUUAAUAGGUAAUGUUUGGUGGAGUAUAGCAGGUGUUUAAUAGGCAAUGUUUUGGUGGAGUAUAGUAAUAGUUUAAUAGAUAAUGUUUUGGUUGAGUAUAGCAGGUGUUUAAUAGAUAAUGUUUUGGUGGAGUAUAGCAGGAGCUUAAUAUGUAAUGUUUUAGGGCUCACAAAUAAUAAAUAAGAUCAAUUAUCAA